AAAUUUAAAUUAACAGAAAAUUUAAAAUAAAAUAAAAAACCGGCGACGUCCCAGCAUGACGUUCGUCCGUCGCCGGCGACACCCCGGCAGGACGUCCGACCAUCGCCGGUGACAGACGGCAAAAUCUGUCGUCGUCGGGUAAUUUGCCGGCGUACCUCGUCGGAGAAAGGGUCUGUCGUCGUCGGAAGGUGGCGGUCGCCGGCGGGAGGUGGCGGUCGCCGGCGGCGAGUAUUGUAGGAUUGUGUUUGGAAAAGUGUUUGAAUGUUUUGGUCUUGAAAUGGGUGAACUAAAUAUAUUUAAAUGUGAUGAGUAUUAUUGUACUUUUUAUAAUUUAGGACUACAAAUAAAGAUAAUUUAGAGCUACAAAUAGUACGCCCUAUAAAUAGUUAGGUGACUGGGUAAGCAAACAACGGCAGGGGAUCGAGAAGCUUAGGUAGCGGUGGAAGUCAAUGUGAUGCAUAUAUAUGCAAUGCAAGGCACCAACAAAAUAUGAUUGGCUAUCUAAUUAGCUUUAUUACCGCAAAGUCGUAGGAUUGCGACAUAAAAGUAAGCGCGUUUCUAUGAAGAUAUAAAUAUUAAUAUAUCGCUUUAUAUAUGCAUGCUACGACUAAAUCCAAAUCGUAUAUACUGGAUUAAAGUCAAGUCCGAUUCAUUGGCCAGAAGAAAUUAUUAGUUCAUAUAUAAUAAGUGAAAGAUUAACAAUUUUUUUGUUUUGUGUGAUUGCUCAUUAUAGCGCAAAAAUCCUGUUGCUAUUUACAGGUUGCCUUUCGUUUUGUCACUCUGUUGCCACUCGACUGGCUACAAAUCUGUUGCCUUCUGUGCAUUAACUUAGCAAUUUACAGUUGGAUUGUAUAGUGGGCAUAUGGAAGUGACCGAGGAAUCCAAAUAACCUCGAGUUUUUUUUUUCCCAGAUUCGGAGAGCUUCCCAAAUAACUAGUGAAUUGCAACUUUAUUGUACCGCAAGGCAAGAAUGCGUGUGCCUGGAAUGGUAUCGAGUAAACUUCAAGCGGAAAGUCUGUUAUCGACAACCAAGCAACAGGAUAUUAUGUUUUUCCACCACCAGGGUCUUGCGUUCGAGAUAUGAUAUGACUGCUCAACCACUCUUGUUUACUGUUCUAGGCUUGCGCUCGAGAAAAAUGAAUUUUAGGAUAUAAAAACUAAAUGAGUAAGCAUGAUUGGGUACUGUAAUGUAAUGCUUUGACUAUAUAGUUUGAAAUCUAGAACCCAUUGUGGUUGCCAAUCCAUAUAAUGCAAAAGAUACCAAUCAUACAAAAAUGAUUCGUGGGUGUGCAUGGGAGAGAGCCGGUGAGGGAGGAUUGUUAAUUCAUAUCAUUAUUUACUUGGAUUAAUUGCAUGGUUGGUCGCUGAGAUUACAAAAAAUAUUCAAGUUUGGUCACUCGAAAUAUUUAAAUUCAUUCGUGGUACUUUAGUUUACUGAAACCGUUCACAUUUGGUCACUCUCUGUCAGUGGCGGAUCCAGGGCUGGCCCAACCCAGACCCCGGCCCAGCCCUCCUCCUCAUCCAGAGUUAGUUUAGUGCUUAUAAAUUUUUUCGAUUUAGGUAUUUGGUCCAGUGCUAGUUAAAAUCCUGUCUAGUUUUAUUUGAUAAUAGAAUUUUGUGUAACUAGGAAAAUGGUUCAGAUGAAUAUAUCCAAACCAUCACUCUAAAUUUAUACUAAAUUUUCUAUAUCCCAAAUGAUUUUAUUUGAAAAAGACAUGAAAACCUAAAAGUGUAAAGUUUCAUUAAAAUAAAAUAAAAUAAAAUAAAAACUCUAAACUAAAGCACACCCUUCCUUGCAAAAUUCAAAAAAAUUUCCAAUCCCCCCAAAACAAAACAAGAACGAGGAGACGGGCAGACCCAAAAUGGAUUUCUCCGCCAGCCCGUCGAGCUGGUUUACUUUCCAUUUUUUUGAUUAAGAAAAUAUUUACAAACGUGCUGAGUUAUCAUUUAAAUUGCCUCAAUUGAGUGGGGCACUAGAUUCUAACCGUUCUUUCUGGUGUUUUGAUGAAGAAAAUAUUUACAAACUUGCUCAAGAGUUUAGCCUCGAGAUUUUGAAGGCUAUGGCCUAUGAGAUGCAUUCUUUGGAGAAUGCACUACUCAUGUGAGGAAGAUGAAGUUUCUUCUCUUGCAAAAUUAUUAGAGAAGCUGGAGGAAACCGGAAUGGACACACAAUACAAAUUGAUUUGUUGGUUGAUUUGUCUAGUGUUGACCUAGCCGUUUCAACAACUACCACGGAGAGAAUAUUUUCAGCAAUGGAACAUGAACAUUGAUUUGUUCAACAAAAUGAGCGAUGAAUAUCUCGUUGAUUAUUUAUCUAUUUUCUCUGAAAAAGAGUAUAUUAUCCGUAUGGAUUGAUAUUAUAUUAUUGAUGAAUUUAUUAAAUUAAAAGAUCUUCUUGUACAAUUGGCAUUGUAAUGAAAACUAUAUUAUUAUAUAUUUUUGUUUAUGGUAUCUAAUAUUUUAUUCAAAUGCGGCCCAGUGCUCUCUUAUGUCCUGGAUCCGCCGCUGCUCUCCGUCCAACUCCGUUAACUUUUGCUUACGUGGCGGUCAAUUCUAGAGUUGGCCGUUAAAUGUGUGACGUGACAAACAUUUAAGAUCUCUCCAUUUCCCAGUGCUGAAUCAAAUUCCAGCCUCAGGAAGAAGCUACGGGAACAACCGUGAGAGCUAGGGAGAGAAUUUGAGACCACUACUUGCCUCCGGUGACCUCCCAAGGCGGCUAUUAUCUCGUCAACGGUGGAGGCGAGCCAGAAUGGAGAAGAGAGCAAGACCUCCUUUCAAUCCAAAUAGUUGAAUUCUCCUUCCUUGUCAAGUUGAAGUUUCCUUCCUCUCAUCCCUCCAUUCUUCUCCGCGUCUUUUCUGCAUCCCUAGCUUCAAGUCCUCAACCUCCAUUUCUUCCGACGAUCUGAGCUAUGAGCGGCGGCAAUCGGUGGUUGAGGCUUGAGGUGUAUUCUCUGUUCGCCGCGACGGGAGUUGCUGUAGGAAUCUGUGCCUUUCAGCUUAUCCGCAACAUCUCCGGCAAUCCUGAAAUCAGCCAUCGUUGGAUCUUUGGCCGAAACAGAUGCCUCGUCUUAGUCGCCUAUCUUCCAGCUGUAGUCUUAUUGGGUAUACGAAUUACGUAGAGCUUGUGUUGAACAAGGAAAUUGUUAUUGCUUUCCAGAGGAAGAUUGGGGUUUGUUCUUGGCUUGUGUUAUUUGGAGUUUCUUCUUUGCUGAUAAUGGAUUGGCAGGGUGCCAGCGGGUAUUGGUAUUGGGGGAUUAGAGGAAAUUAGGAGUUUUUAUUUAUUUUAAAUAAAAGUGAUAAUGAGUUGGAAAUGAGAUUAUAAUUUUCAAAUUUAAUUUUAUUAUUUUUUAAGUUACCACAUCAUACAUUUAAUGGUCAACUUUUAGAGUUGACCGCCAUGUAAGCAAAAGUUAACAGAGUUGGACGGAAAGUGACCAAACGUGAACGGUUUCAGUAAACUAAAGUACCACCAAUGAAUUUAAAUAUUUUGA